AUGUCAAUUCGCCUAACCCCGAUCCUUACCCCCUCCGGCUCCGAUUCCAGUACCUCGAACUCCCGAUAUACUCCCGUGUCCAAUGGCUCGGAUGAAGACAUCCAUGUACCCAGACCUGAGAAACCACGUGCGGGGUCGCUGAGAGUGCAGACCAAUUUCGAGGAAAACACCGUUGAAGCACCUGUUUCGGAUAUUGAAGACAGAGAUGCAUACGACUCAGACACGGAGCUGCAAAAAAGGCCUCGGCGGGAGGAAUCAGCUCCAAAAUUUACACUGGAAGAAGAGAAGGAAGUGGUGAAGAUCUUCGAUCGGAGACUAAUACCAUUCCUAGCCCUUCUUUAUUUGCUGUCUUUUCUGGAUCGCUCCAAUAUUGGUAAUGCAAAGAUUGCCGGGCUGGAGGAAGACCUCAAUCUCUCUUCCUCGCAGUAUGAAUGGCUACUGACUGCAUUCUAUGUCACAUACAUCAUCUUUGAAUGGAUGACGCUGAUGUACCGCGUUGUUCCCCCACACAUUUACAUUUCUCUAUGUGUAUGCGGAUGGGGUCUAGUGGCAUCCUUUCAAAGUCUAGCAACCUCCUUCGGAGGCUUGGUUGUCCUCCGUGCCUUGCUCGGGAUUACCGAAGCAGCAUUCGGUCCGGGAGUCCCCUUCUACUUAUCGCUGUUUUAUCAGCGUCACGAACUAGCUUUUAGGAACGGGCUUUUCAUCUCUGCAGCUCCUUUAGCAACAUCAUUUGCCAGCAGUCUCGCUUGGCUGAUCGUCAAAUGUAGCAGCGAUGGCCCAAUCUCUCCAUGGCGGACCCUUUUCUUGGUUGAGGGGUUUCCGAGCGUGGUUGUGGCCGUCUUUGCCUGGUUUCUUAUCCCAGACUCCCCCGGUAAAGCCCGAUUCCUCACUCGCAGACAGAGAGUGGUGGCUCGUCUGCGGCUCGGAGAGAGCAAGUCAGACUAUCAGCAUACUAGGGGAGGACGGUUCAACUGGCAGGAAAUUUGGAAAAUAGCCUCUGAUCCGAAGGCAUACAUCGCAGCUGCCAUGUUCUUCAGUUGCAAUGUUGCUUUUAGCUCUAUGCCGGUGUUUCUUCCCACCAUCAUCAAAGAUAUGGGAUAUUCUGCCGUCCAGUCACAAGCUCUUUCAGCUCCACCGUACCUUGUCGCAUUUAUUGUUGUCCUUCUCACAGCAUACGCAUCAGACCGUAGCCGCUCCCGAAGCCCAUACUUGAUUGCCCACGCGGUUGUGUCUUCGGUAUCAUAUCUCACAAUUGCAGCCACGGGCCACUUUCACGACCGGCUGUCGCCAGAAUUACACACAUUUAUACGGUACAUCUGCGUUUACCCCGCAGUAUCCGGGUUCUUUUCGGCCAUCACACUGAUAAUCACAUGGUCAAUGGAUAACCGUGUGGAGAAAGAAGGUAAAGGCGCUAGUAUCGCCAUCCUGAAUAUUAUCGGGCAGUGUGGGCCCUUACUUGGGACGAGACUAUAUCCCGCAUCUGAGGGGCCCUGGUACGUCCGUGGUAUGAUGACUUGUUCAGUCUUCAUGAUUGUCGUAGCCAUCUUAGCUUUGAUUUUGCGGAUCCUCCUUCAACGGUCAAACCGGGCAAGCCGUCCUGGUACCACCAUGUAUAGUGUUGACAAUACUGGAUCUGCAGAUCAAGGCGAAGAGCAGGAUGGCCUCAUGGGCACUGGCCGUAGGAAUGACUUGGAGAAUCAUUCAGGGGAUCAGCGAUUCGUGUUUAUCAUUUGA